AUGGAUAUUGACAAUGUGUCGGGAGUUCCCCAGUACAUAGAAAUAUUGGAUAGACAGCAGAAGGCACUUAAAGCCGCCAUGGCACGUCAAGGACAGCGACCCACAGACUUAAAAUCUCGGCAAGAACUCAUUACUCAAUUUAUGGUGUCGAUUCUAGCACAGAGCAUGAUGCAACUUGGACCGCAAAUGACUAGUCAUUUUCAUACCUCCUUCGUUCCCAUUCCAUAUAAGCCAUGUGUUACACCUCUUGACGAGUUGAAGCCAACACGCAUCAGGAACCUGGGAUUGGAGACUCAUCACCGUGGCAGCUACCUUCUUGUUCGUGCGUUAACUCCUCCAAGGAGAAUGACUGCGAUCAUGGCUAUUGUAGAGGACGAAAACGGAGAUGCCAUACCGCUGCAGCUCUAUCAACAACCGGAUGAAAAGUUUCGCCCUGCCACAAGUGUCAUCAUGAAGAAUGAUGUAUAUUUGGUCAAGGAGCCUUAUUUCAAGGCUACAAGUGAUGGUAGUUAUGGUCUUCGGGUCGACCAUGUGAGCGAUAUCAUCCGCCUUGAUGAACACCACGAUUUGUUGCCGGAAAAGUGGAAGCCAACAGUUUUGGACAUUGCCGCUCUUAAAUGUCACCCCACCGCUGAAACUGCAAAGAUAAUCAGUCUAAAUCGUGCACUGGCAUAUCUCAAAGAUGGAAGCUUUGAUGCCGCACUAGCUGACACAGAAUGCAUGAUCUCUCCCACCGAUGCAUCAGAAAAAGCACUAUAUCGAGGCGGUCAAGCUCUAUAUGGACUCGGAAGAUUUUCCGAAUGCCACGAUAUCUUCGAGCAUUUCUGCAAAAAGUUUCCCAAUAGCUCUGUCGCUACUGCGGAACUUAAGCGGGUUCGCUGUCGUUUAGCAGAGCAGCAAAGUGGCAUAUACGACUUUGAGUCAAUCUACAAGGAGAUCUCAACGACUAAACCACCACAUUUAGAUCAUGCAACAUUUCUAGGACCAGUAGUCGUGAAACCUUCCCCUGAUCGCGGGUUAGGAUUGUUUACCACCAAAGCUGUUAAGGCGGGAGAACUUCUUUUGUGUGAGAAGGCAUUCGCCCAUUGCUAUGCUGGAACUUCAGAGGGCUCGGAGACUUUUUCGAAAACUACUCUUCUGAUGAAUGUACAUACGAAUAAAAUGACAGUUGGUACCCAAGCCGAUCUCAUCACGACUAUUGUACAGAAACUCUGGAAAAAUCCAUCCCUUAUACCGGAGUUUAACGCCCUUCAUCGUGGAUCUUAUAAGCUUGCCGAAAAAACUGAAGUUGAUGGGAAACCAGUCAUUGACACCUUUCUGAUCGAACAAAUCAUAGCUCUCAAUGUCUUCGGAUGUCCACUCUCAUCCUACGAGGACCACUCCACAGCCUCCAAAGAGAACGAUAAACACCAUUCAUGCGGCAUAUGGCUCAUAGCUUCAAAAAUCAACCACUCAUGUCUUAGCAACGCUCGUCGUAGCUUCAUGGGCGAUCUACAACUCGUCCGCGCUACACGCGAUAUACCCGCGAACACGGAAAUAACCUUCUGGUAUACGAUGCCUACAGGGGACAGCGAAGAAAUGAAGAAGGAAUUGAAAACCUGGGGAUUUCAAUGCAAAUGUCCUAUCUGUGUGGAUUCGGAAACAACACCUAUAAAUCAUGCUAGAAUGAGAAAAAGGUUACUGCGAGAUUUGAAACUGCUUUUGAAUGCAAGUGCGAGUGAGGUUGAUACAGCUAAAGCAGAGCGUUUAUUAAAUUCCCUCGAGAAAACAUACACACAUCCCGUCACAUCCAUCCCACGAUUAGCAUUACGAGAACCGUAUUUCACACUCGGUGGUAUUUACUCCAAGCAGGGAAAGACAGAGAAAGCCGUAUCAGCCACAUUAAAGGCUUUAAUUUCCAUUGGCUUCGUGAUUAAGAAUGCACAUUUACCUGCACUACCAGGCGAAACUUUUGAGGUGGGGAAAUGGGGUUUGCCUAUGCCGGGCGUAGUGGAGGCGUGGGGGUUUCUCUAUAGUGCUUAUGCGGUUCUUGCGCCGAGGUGUUUGGGGAUGGUUAGGGAGGCGGCGAGGUUGGCUUAUCGUGUUUGGGUUGGGGAGGAUAUGUCGUUUGGGAGGGUGUAUGGGGUUUAA